UAUUUAUCUGAAAUCCGCCAUAUUUGCUGAGAGUCGGCCCGUCGCUUGAGGGUGGUGUGAAUUUUCGUAAUAACUUAUUCAUAUAAUGAUUUUAGCAGUUAUUUAUUAUAAAUUCUGUGUAAGUGAUUAGUGUUGUGUUAAGAAUUCAUUAAAAAGCUCAAUUAAAUACAUCUUAUGCUGCACAAUAUCUGUUUCCCGUUUUGUCUUCUCAAUCUAAUCUAAACAGAAAAUGGCCGACGGUGUUGGUGCGGGUGUCUCCUUUGUUUAGGGCUGAAUUCUAGUGAAAAUAAGUGUUAAAAGAAAUAAUGCCUAGUGCCUCGUUUUCCUCUUCGCGUUCUUACGUCCGUAGAUCGCGAAGAAAAGGCGGACAUCGAAUACCACUACCUUCUAGGACACAAUCGACUGAGCCAUGUGAGUCAGUCCCGUGCCCGAAUAACGUGACAGGCAGCGCGAUGGCGGCGACGGCGGCGUGCGCGGGUCCCAGUGGCAGCAGCGGCGGUGGCGGGUCGCCCCCCGUGCCCGCCGCCGCGCCCGCCACCACCGCCGGCCACCACAGCCCAUACGACCUGCGCCGCAAGUCGCCGCCCGCCUACCACGAGCCGGGACCAUCCGGCGCGUGCUCGCUGCCAGCCAGGAAAAGGCCCAGGACAUCGCUGUCGCAGGGCGUGGACGUGUGCAACGUGUCGCAGUACUUGCAGUACGAGCUGCCCGACGAGGUGCUCCUGUGUAUACUCUCGCACUUGACCGAGCGCGAUCUGUGCCGCGUCGCGCAGGUCUGCAAACGGUUCAACACUAUUGCCAAUGACACCGAGUUAUGGAAAAGCCUAUACCAGUCGGUGUUCGAGUACGACACGCCGCUGAUGCACACCGCGCCGUGCCAGUUCGAGUUCGUCGCGCCGGACGAGUAUGACGCGGACAACCCUUGGAAGGAGAGUUUCAGGCACCUGUACUACGGCAUACACGUGCGCCCCAACUACCGCCCCAAAAAGGACUCGCGCAUCAAGCACUUCAACACCAUAAGGGCGGCUCUCGAAUACGUGGAGGAGCGCGGCGGCGGAGGUGUGGGCGGAGUGGGCGGCGUCGGCGCCGCGAGCACGGCGGCCGCCAGCACGCCCAGCAGCGCGGCAGGCAGCUCGGCCGCAACGGCGGGCGCGGCGGCCGGCGCCCUGGCGGCGUGCGCCUGUCCCCCCGGCGCCUGCACGUGCCGCCGCACCGCGCCCGCGCACCAGCCCGCGCUCAUAUUCGUACACGCCGGACUUUACCAGGAGGAAUGUCUCGCCAUCGACACUGACGUCCAACUCAUUGGUUGUGCCCCCGGCAACGUGGCCGAGUCGGUGGUGUUGGAGCGCGAGGCGGAGUCGACGCUGACGUUCGCGGAGGGCGCCGGGCGCGCGUACGCGGGACACAUGACGCUCAAGUUCUCGCCGGACGCCACCAGCACCAUGCAGCACCACAAGCACUACUGCCUCGAGGUGUCUGACAACUGCUCGCCCACUAUCGACCACUGCAUCAUUAGGAGUGCUAGUGUCGUGGGGGCAGCUGUAUGUGUGAGUGGCGCCGGCGCCAACCCGGUGAUUAAGCACUGUGACAUCAGUGACUGCGAAAACGUGGGUCUAUACGUGACGGACUACGCGCAGGGCGCCUACCAGGACAACGAGAUCUCGCGUAACGCACUCGCCGGCAUCUGGGUGAAGAACUUCGCCAACCCGAUCAUGCGCCGCAAUCACAUACACCACGGCCGCGACGUCGGCAUAUUUACCUUUGAGAAUGGAUUAGGCUAUUUCGAGGCAAAUGACAUACACAACAACAGAAUCGCCGGUUUCGAAGUGAAAGCCGGCGCGAAUCCCACCGUAGUACACUGUGAAAUACACCACGGCCAGACCGGAGGCAUCUACGUGCACGAGUCUGGUCUAGGCCAGUUUAUUGAUAACAAGAUACACUCGAACAACUUUGCCGGCGUGUGGAUCACGUCCAACAGCAAUCCCACCAUUCGACGUAACGAGAUAUACAACGGGCAUCAGGGCGGCGUGUACAUAUUCGGAGAGGGGCGCGGGCUCAUCGAACACAAUAACAUUUAUGGCAAUGCUUUAGCUGGUAUUCAGAUUCGCACAAACAGCGAUCCAAUAGUGAGGCACAAUAAGAUACAUCACGGGCAGCAUGGAGGCAUCUACGUACAUGAGAAGGGCCAGGGGCUCAUAGAGGAGAACGAGGUGUACGCGAACACGCUAGCCGGCGUCUGGAUCACGACCGGCUCCACGCCGGUGCUGCGACGGAACCGCAUACAUUCUGGAAAACAGGUCGGCGUAUAUUUUUAUGACAACGGUCACGGAAAGUUAGAGGAUAACGACAUAUUCAACCACCUAUACUCAGGCGUGCAAAUCAGGACGGGAAGCAACCCGGUUAUACGGGGAAACAAGAUCUGGGGCGGCCAAAACGGUGGCGUGCUCGUUUACAACGGGGGCCUUGGGUUACUGGAGCAGAACGAGAUAUUUGAUAACGCCAUGGCCGGUGUGUGGAUUAAGACUGACUCCAACCCGACGCUCAAGAGGAACAAGAUCUUCGACGGGCGCGAUGGGGGUAUUUGUAUUUUUAAUGGAGGGAAGGGAGUGUUGGAGGAGAAUGAUAUAUUUCGGAACGCACAAGCGGGCGUGUUGAUCUCAACUCAAAGCCAUCCAGUAUUGCGUCGCAAUCGCAUCUUCGACGGUCUCGCGGCCGGCGUCGAAAUCACCAACAACGCGACUGCCACUUUAGAACACAAUCAAAUUUUUAACAAUAGAUUUGGAGGUUUGUGUCUCGCAUCCGGUGUUUCUCCGCUGGUGCGCGGCAACAAGAUCUUCAGCAAUCAAGACGCGGUGGAAAAAGCGGUGGGAGGCGGCCAGUGCCUGUACAAAAUCUCAUCUUAUACGUCGUUUCCGAUGCAUGAUUUUUAUAGGUGCCAGACUUGCAACACGACAGACCGCAAUGCCAUAUGCGUAAAUUGCAUCAAAACGUGCCAUUCCGGCCAUGACGUUGAAUUCAUUCGCCAUGACAGAUUCUUCUGCGACUGCGGCGCGGGGACGCUGUCGAACCAGUGCCAGUUGCAGGGCGAGCCCACCCAAGACACGGACACGUUGUACGACUCGGCGGCACCUAUGGAGUCGCACACGCUGAUGGUGAACUGAGCGGUCGCGCCCCCGCCCCCGCCACCGUCGCCAACCCAGCCGCCGCCCCGCACCACGCCCGCCGCCACCACGCCACGCGUCCGAUACCAGUAUUCAUCGGAAAAAAACAUUAUUAUUUAUUUUAGUUCUAGUUCGCCGCGACACGAGUGUUCUAGGGCCGUUUCUCAUCCGCGGGCCGCCCGUCUUGCGGUACUUGUCACGUUUUGUAUUUGUGACUCGGUCGUGGCGCUCGUCGUGUCCCUAGUUCAAUUAUUUUUAUUACCUAAAACUUCGCAGGCGUGCAAUACGCCUUUCUGUCCAGCCGUUUGUUAAGUCGAUCGUGCGUCGACAUUUAUUAUGUAUUCCAUCUUCGUGCUUUACAUUUGACGAAAGGAAUCAUAUUUCGGAUGUUAUCGCUCUGUCUGUAUAUGUAGGGAAUUUUUUUAUAAUCAUCGGUACUUAAUAAUAUUGUAUUUCGUCGAAGUAGUAUCAUGCAUUCCCAAAUUGUAAUCGUACCGUUUAUAUUGAGAGAUAACAUUCAUAUUUAGAAUAAUGUUAUUCAUUUUAUAAGAUGUACUGGUAGUAGUCUGUGUAUUAUAAUAUCUACUAGUUCCAUAAUCAUGGGGAAGAAUAUAUAAUUUGUUUCUUCAAAAAAAAAAAUCUAUUUUAGUUGUUUAGUUGUCAAAUCCGGCGACUGUGACAGUCAGGAUAUUGUAAUAUAAUAAUUAUGAAUUAUUGUAGGAGUUUUAACUAUUGACAUGAUUUCAAUGAUUUCGGGGCAUUUAUCGUUUAGCUCUUGUGAUGACAAUUUGUUUGACUUGUGGAGAUGUUUUAGUUAAUAAAGAUACUUGUACGAGUUUUGUGUUGGUUUGUGGAGCAGUGCAGUGAUCAGUGGACGGUCGGAGCGGGCAGUGGCAGUGCCGGGGCCCGGGAGUCGGGCGCAGUUAUUAAUCUCUCGUUUAGGAGUCCGCCUCGCCUAACUAUUUCGGCCCUCCUAAUGCGCUUUGUAAAUAUUUAUGUCACACAAUAAUCGAAAUGUAGUAAUUAAUGUAUUUGUAUCAUUAUAUUUUUAUUAUUGAUCACAAUAUGUAUGGUUAAUUAUGAAGUUAUGUACGUUCGCUCGGAAGGAAACAGCCGCGCGUCGGCCUCGCUUGUAAGUUGUAAUUAAAGAGCACCUUUGCCCUUGAGCCAGUAGAUAGUCCGGAGAUAUCAGUCGCCGCCAGCGCGGUCAGUUAGUGUAUAUUAAGAUGCAAAUUAAGAACGAAUGUGCGUGUUUAAUUGGAAAAGAUCUUAGGUACAAUUGAUAUUUUAUUAUAUUGUUAAUUUAAAUUUGGUAUUGAUAUCGAUCGAGAAGCAAUGUUUGGAACUGGGAUGAGCCGUGCGUGAGCGGCCAGAAUGCUGAUAGUGAUAAGUUAGCCGAUAAGCUAUAAUGAAACCUAAAUUACUCAGUAAUCACUAUUGCAAGUUUCGAAUUGUUAAAUCGUCUCUCCAUAGCACGGUAUGUUCUGAAUCUGCUUUUUUAUAAUUCUCAAAUCUGUGAUCAUCAAUAAACGUGUAAGUGAACAUAAUUUAGUUGAACCCCACAUAACAGAAUUAUUAUGACAUUAUACAUAGGAAUCAUCCAAAUUAUUGUGGCGCCGAUGUUUUAUAUAAUUGAAUGUGAAAAUUGUUAUUUAUUAAAUUGUCAGUAUGUUUUUAAUUUAUUGAAUUCAAAACUGGAUAUUUUGUUUAUACAUGAAAAUACCACUGUAAAAGCCGUGAUAUACAUCAUACAAUAUUAUACAUUAGCAUUUCAUUUAACCCCA